CGAUUCACCUCGAAAUUUGACGAAUUCAACCUUGGAUUGGGAAGGACUCGCCGCUGCAACUCCUUCCUGGUAUCGCCGGCCUGCUGCACGCGACGGAGGAAGAAGAGGAGAAUGUCGCCGGAACUUCUGAAGUCGACGGCGAGUCACAGCGCUGCCCUGGUCGGCGGAGACGAGCGAGAGAACGGACGGUUGCUCCUCUCCUUCGGCGAUGCGCGGACGGAAAUAGCGGCGGAGAACGAGGAAGAUGGCGGUGACUCCUGGUCGGCGUCUCCAGUCGACGGCACAGCGGCGGACACAAGAAUUGCCACUCCGAUGGCGACGAAUGAAGCCGCUACUGGUAGCUUGGCUUACGGCACCACCGGCGUUUCGAAAUGGACGGCGGUAUUAUCAUGUACUACCAUGGCUCUAUUUUACGUCGUAGUCCUCUACCUGCCGACGCUAAUUCUCCGCUUGCCGCCGGCCGGUUCAUACAAAGAUUUCAUGGUUCGGCGGUUCAUAUGUGCCGCCGUUUUCACCGUUGCCUCAGUAAUCUCCUGCUCUCUCAUCCUUCAUAUCAGGUGGGAUGCAGUGAACUUGCUUAGUGCUUUUGGUGUCAGAAGAGACCACAUAUGGCAAGCUGUCGUCUUUCCUCUAUCUUUAACUGCUCUUAUGUAUGCCGGAUCUCUUCUGAAGGCUUUGCUGCUAUUUGAUCUCUGCAAAGGGAAUCGGAGUGAUGGCACAAGGGGUUUGUCAGGGUACAUUAAAACAAUCCCUCAAAUGUUCAUAAACUCAGUCUUUUCGUUAGCUUCUGAUGUUUCAGCUUGGCGUAAUUAUAUUGUGGCACCACUUACAGAAGAGAUUGUCUUUAGAGCGUGUAUGAUUCCUUUGCUUCUUUGUGGAGGAUUCAAUGUGUACACUGUUGUGUUUCUUUGCCCAAUAUUUUUCAGUUUAGCUCAUCUGAACCAUUUAUUGGAGUAUGCCCAACGAAGGGGUAGCUUGGUCAAAGCUUUUAUGAUUGCUGGUUUCCAGCUCGGCUACACUGUCAUAUUUGGAUCAUAUGCUUCAUUUCUAUAUGUGCGCACAGGGCAUCUGCUGGCUCCUCUUGUUGCUCACAUCUUUUGUAAUUAUAUGGGCUUGCCCGCUAUAAUUUCUCCCAGGCCAGGGCUAAUAACAGUGGCAUUUAUAGCUGGGCUUCUGAGUUUCUACUGGCUUCUGUUCCCACUGACCAGUCCACAGCUAUAUAACAAUAGAACAGAUAAGUGCAACUGUUGGCAUCGAUAUUGUACUUGGAACUAAAAAAGAAUGAACUUCAUGAUAGAGAUUAAUAUAUAGACACCAUUUUGCAAUUCUAUAUAUGUGGUAAUUCCCUUCCUCUCCCCCACCCAUUUUAGAAGUUGUACAUUAUCACCCCAUUUUCCACUGCUGGGUAAUGAGUGAAAGAUAAUGUGAUAUUACAAUUUGUUUUCUAGUUUUCACAUUAGAAGAGGCUGUUCAUUUUGACUGAUUUCUUGUUCAAUCGACUUCGACAUAAUUGAAUCUAGUUCAGUUCAGCAUCUUUCUCUUCAGAUAAGUACAUACAUUUGUUUUUGUAAUUAUGAUAAUUAAAAUGUAGGGAUUUGC